GGGAGCUUUCAUUUCAUAACAUAAAUACACUUACGAGUUAUAUCAAACACCUUAUUACAGCCACCUCCCAAUCUUCUUUAUGCAUUUCAAAUUAGCCGUGGGUAAAAAUGUCAUCUUUAUGUUGCUAACAAUGCUUUAUUUGCUUAUCUAUGUUGUUGCAUCUCAAAAUAGCUCUACUGAAGAGUAUGCUCUUCUAGCCUUCAAAUCUCAAAUUUCUGAUCCAAAUAAAAUCCUGGCCAAAAAUUGGUCACAAGGAACCUCUUUCUGUAAUUGGAUUGGUAUUACUUGUGGCAAAAGACAUCGAAGAGUUAGAGGCUUACAUCUAACAAAUAUGGGCUUGCAAGGUACUAUUCCAAAAGAGAUUGGUGAACUCUCUUUUUUGCGAUCCCUGAUUAUUGGCAACAACAAUUUCCAGGGAUCUAUCCCUCAUGAAGUGGGUAAUUUGAGCCAACUUCGAGAAAUAGAGAUGCAGUGCAAUGAAUUAAAUGGUUCAAUUCCAUCAAGUUUUGGAUCUCUUGAAAAUCUACAAAUGUUAAAUCUCUCUCAUAACAUACUCAAUGGGGAUAUUCCUAACAAGAUUUUCAACAUCUCUUCUUUGAUAGAAAUUGAUUUAACAAACAAUAGUCUAUCUGGGAGUCUUCCCACGGAUAUCUGUAACAAUCUUCCACAGCUAGAGAAGCUAAUAAUUGCUUCAAAUCAGGUGAGUGGAAACAUUCCUCCAAGUUUGGGAACAUGCACAAAUCUUGAACUACUUUCUCUAUCACACAAUAAUUUUGCUGGAAGCAUUCCAAUAGAACUCGGGAACUUGUCAAAGCUUCAAAUUCUCUGUCUUACAAGAAAUAAUUUGAUAGGAAGCAUUCCUUAUGAAAUUGGAAACUCUUCAACACUUCAACAUUUAUAUUUGGAAUCGAACAUGUUGACAGGUACAAUUCCGCAUUCAAUUGGCAGUUUGUCAAAUUUGAAGGUGUUGGAUGUUUUUAACAACAGUAUUCAUGGUCAAAUACCUCAAACCAUCUUCAAUCACUCCAUGUUGCAAAUACUUGGUUUUACAUACAAUAAUAUAUCUGGCAAUCUUCCAUUAUCACUAGCCAAUGGGCUCCCUAAUCUCGAAGGUCUCUAUUUUGGUGGCAAUCGAUUGAGUGGAGAAAUUCCAAGAUGGAUUUCAAAUUGUUCUAAGCUUAUUGUGUUGGAGCUUUUCAAUAACUCAUUCAGUGGACAUGUACCCAUUAAUCUUGGGAAUUUACAUGACCUACAAUAUCUCUACUUAUUUAAUAAUCUCUUGACGAAUGAUCCUUCAAUGCAUGGUUUGGAUUUUCUAGUUUCGUUGUCAAAUUGUAGACACUUGAAGAGCAUGUGGAUUGGUAACAAUUUUUUUGAUGGAACACUUCCAAAAGCAUUGGGUAAUUUUUCGACAUCUCUUCAAAUAUUUCAUGCGCCUUCUUGUGGCAUAAAAAAUAUGAUUAUAAGAGAAAUUGGCAAUAUGAGCAACUUGAUCUGGCUACAAAUGGGAGGCAAUGAGUUCACAGGAAAAAUUCCUGACACUUUGAGUCAAUUGAGUAAGUUGCAAAAGUUGUUGCUUGAUGAAAAUAACUUGCGUGGGUCAAUACCUGACAACCUUUGUAAUUUGGUGAAUCUUUAUAAACUAGAUUUGGAGAAAAAUCAGCUUUCUCAUCAGCUACCAACUUGUCUAGGAAAUCUUACUUCUUUACGCGAAUUUUAUUUAGCUAACAACUCAUUGACUUCAACCAUCCCAUCCACACUAUGGGCAAACAGAGAAAUUCAAAUAAUGGAUUUGUCGUAUAAUUUUCUCAAUGGUUUGCUUGUUCCAGAAAUUGGUAGUGUGAUCAGGAUGAGAGAGUUAUAUCUAUCAGGAAAUCAGUUCUCAGGUGAGAUUCCAAGCACUAUUGGGAAACUUCAGAAUUUGGUAUAUCUAACAUUGUCAAACAAUCGAUUAAAUGGUUCUAUACCUGAGUCGUUUGGUAAUUUGAUUGCUUUGCAAAGUUUGGAUCUGUCUAACAACAAUCUCAAUGGUGUAAUCCCCAUGUCAAUGGUAAAGCUGGAGUACCUAGAGUAUUUCAAUGUUUCGUUCAAUGAUCUCAGUGGUGAAAUUCCAAAUAGAGGGCCUUUUAAGAACUUUACCUCGAAGUUUUUCAUAGGCAAUAAAGAAUUUUGCGGAGCAUCUCAAUUUAAGGUCAAGCCAUGCAAAGAAAAUAGAACUAGAUUAUCUAGCAAGACCACAAUUUUGAAGUACAUUUUACCUUCAAUUGUUGUGAUAUUCAGUUUGGCCAUUGGUGUAGUUUAUUUAAUAAGAUGUCGUGGGAGAAAUAAACUUCUUCCAGCUCUGUCUACUCCUCCCGCCACCAUCAAGAGGGUUUCAUAUUAUGAAGUUCUAUAUGCUACCAAUAAAUUUGGUAAAGAGAAUCUGAUUGACAAAGGCAGUAUUGGUUUAGUAUACAAGGGAAUAUUUUCAAAUGGUAUGAUCGCUGCUAUUAAAGUUUUUAAUCAAGAUUUGGAAGGUGCAAUCAAGAAUUUUGAUACCGAGUGCCAAAUUCUGUGCAACGUUCGUCAUAGAAAUCUUGUCAAGGCAAUUAGUAGUUGCUCUAACCUUGAUCUUAAAGCCUUGGUAUUGGAGUAUAUGCCGAAUGGAAACCUUAGCAAAUGGAUGUCCUCAAGCAACUACUUUCUGAAUAUAGCUCAAAGAUUGGAAAUAAUGAUAGAUGUGGCAUGUGCAUUGGAGUAUCUACAUCAUGGGAAUGCAUAUCGAAUUGUCCAUUGUGAUUUGAAGCCUAGCAACGUACUUUUAGAUGAAAAUAUGGUUGCCCAUGUUGCGGACUUUGGCAUUGCCAAGCUUUUCACAGAAGACCGGAGAAUUUUGAUGUCUAAAACAUUGGGCACCAUUGGAUAUAUGGCUCCAGAGUAUGGAUCGACAGGAUUAAUAUCGCCUAUGGCAGAUGUUUAUAGCUAUGGGAUUAUGUUGAUAGAAACAUUUACCAAUAAGAAGCCAACAGAUGAUAUGUUUGUUGGAGACUUUACUAUAAGGAGAUGGGUGUUUGAAUCAUUCCGAGACGAAAUAAUGCACAUAGUGGAUGUAGAUCUAUUAAAUGCAGUUGGUGAUAAUGUUCGAGCCAAAGAGAGCUUCUUCAGAUUGGUCAUGGGACUGGCGCUAGAAUGCACAACUGAUUUGUUCGAGGAAAGGCCAAAUAUGAAAGAUAUUUUAACAAGGCUCAGGAAGAUUAAAAUUGAAUCUAGUUAAAGCAUAAGUGAGGUAGAACAAGGUGAAGAUUUUGUUUCUUUGUCACAAUUACUUUUUCCAUCUAAAGAGAACAUAAAAAGAUGGUUAUUUGAUGCUUAUUAUAUUUUGCUACUGCAGAAAACAUGGAAAUCGUCUAAAGAUUUUUAAGCUCUGUUUCACUUCUGUUGCAGUGUUACAAUGUGUUGUAGCAAUGGCACAAGUAAUUUUUUGAAGUUAUUUUAAUAUGAAUGAAAUGAUUUUUAUGUA